CGGCGACGGGCCCGGCCACUCCGCAACCUGCUCCGCCGACGACGCAUGCAGGCUGCGCUACGAGCCAUGGCGCGCCGCGUCCAGCACAUCCCGGACAAGCACCAGUUCACAUGCGAGGCGCAGUCGUCGACGAGCCACAUGUCCACGCUGCUCGGCUUCCUCGAGUACCGCAUCCAGGGCGACGUCAUGGACAUUCGCCGGACUUACGUGCUGCCGGACGGGCGCGGCAAUGGCGUCGCCAAGGCCCUCUGCGACGAAGCCUUUCGCUUUGCUGCGGCGCGGAGCCUCUCGGUGCAGCCGUCGUGCGCCUACAUCGCCACCCGGUACGCCAAGCAGCAGCAGCGGCUACAACACGUCCAACACUAGUCCGCUUGCAUGUCCUAGUCGUCGUUAUUUCAACUUAUCAGUAUAUGCAGUGUCUUUGUGC